AUGCAUCGACCAACUAGCCUCUACGUGACGCUGAUCUGCCUGCUUGGAACGGUGAUGAGCGUUCGAGCGGCGACGCAGAGGGUCGGGGAUUCGUGCAGUUACAAGCAGAACUGCCAGGAUUGGGCGGAAGGUGUUGGGCCGGACUGGGCCAAAGGAGCGAUAACGUGUGCUGUGCCGCAGGAUGGUAAACCCGAAAAAUGCGGCAGUGGCGAUAAGAAGGGCAGAGACGAAUUCUCAGGCGUCUGUAAAGCAGUAGGCACCCUGUCAGCUACAGAAUACGGUUGCGCCUGCGGCGUCCACAAGGCAGACUGCCCCGAAACUAGCCCCUUCUCCCGAAUCUUCUGGCCCCAGGACUGGCUCGAAACCGCCUGGUCCCAAGUACACCACUAA